GAGGGCGCUGUUCCAGAAAAUCUCACACAAAAUGGUGAAUAGUUUACUGCGGCUCCAGGCAACGUGAGAAUUGAAAAUGACGUUGGUCGAAAAUUGAUCUUUAUUUCAAUUAAGAUUUGAUAAAUUACUUUGUAUGCGGAAACUGGCUUAUAUGGAACUUAACAGUUGUGUUCUGGUGUCCUGAUAUGCAAGAAAGAAUGGAGUUUUGAGUGCAGGCGAAGCUGUCCAACACCAAUUUGAGUCAACAGCGAAGUCAUGUCUCUCUUCAAGGCACGGGACUGGUGGUCUCACACCAUAGGGUCAGAUGAUGGCUUUGAUCAGGGCAGCUUGUGUGUGGCCAACAUCGACAACAAUUCCAACCACCACGAUAAAGUGAUUGUUGGCGGCUUUAAUGGCGUGCUGCGUAUUUACCAGCCGCGAGGUUCCCAAGGCGAGGCCAACAAGGCGGAAGCUGUACUGUUAGAGAUGCAGUUACCACAGCCAAUACUGCAGGCGGAGGCCGGGCGAUUUGUCUCUGUCUCUGAGAAACUUCACCUUGCAGUUCUACACCCGCGAAAACUGACCGUUUACAGUGUUUCAGGAACGGCGGGUGCAGUGGAGCACGGCAGUCAGUAUCAGAUGAAGAUGGUGUAUGAGCACAACCUGCAGAGGACAGCAUUCAACCUGGUAGUCGGUCCCUUCGGCAGCGUGAAAGGUAAAGAUUUCCUGUGUGUGCAAUCCAUGGACGGCACAGUCUCCUUCUUUGAGCAAGAGAGCUUCUCCUUCAGUCGUUUCUUGCCAGGUUUCCUCCUGCCGGGGCCCCUCAGGUACAUCCCCCGCACCGACUCCUUCGUCACCGUCUCCUCCAGCUGGCAGGUGGAGAGUUACAAGUACCAGGUUCUCGCCGUGGCAACGGACGUGAAAACAAAAGAGGAGUCACAGAAGAUUACCUCGGGGAAGCGAAUAACGAUGGACUGGUCUUACAGUCUUGGGGAAGCUGCUCUGGACAUAGUUGUGACUGUCUCAGCUCAAGGGGCAACAUCUAUCGUGAUACUCGGCGAAAGGUCGAUUGUCUGCCUGAAGGACACUGGAGCACUCAAAUUCAUGAAGAAGCUGGAAUACAACCCCAGUUGCUUUUUCCCACAUGGAACAUCCUCUGAGAGCAGCAUCACUUAUAUGGUAGCCACACACACACGCCAGCUCAUGAUCUACCAAGACACAACUCUUAAAUGGGCGGCCAAGUUGGAAUACGUGCCGGUGUCGAUUCGGGUUGGGCAAUUCCAAGAUCUCAAGGGAGUAAUAACGAGCAUUGAUGAUCAAGGCCAUCUCGUCUGCUCCUACCUUGGCACCGACCCCUCACUGUUUGUUACGCCGUCCACAGACUCUAGGGAAAUCAACUACGAGGAACAAGACUUGGAGAUGAAGAAACUACAGAGGGCCAUCAAAGAAUCUGCCUCCAAACAAGAUUUUGCACCCAAAAAGACGGUUGACGAAGACUUUCAGAUUGAAGUCACCGUGCCGCCCAAUCUAGACAGCACAUCGGUGUACAAGUAUUUUACAGAGGGAGCGAGGAGUGCCACGGAAACUGAAGUUGAGGAUGAUGACCCGAUCCCGUCAAUCACUGUCAAGUUGGUUCUGAAGACCAGCGUCAGCUUACCCAACGUGCGUCUGUUGAUCCACUGUCCAUACCCGAUAUCUGUCAACCAGAGUACAUUCACAUUCCCAUUCAUCGGAGAUUCCUCUGCUCCGACAAGCGUGCUCGUGUCUUUCUUCCUCCGAGGAAACUCCCUCCCAGCCAGUUUGACAGCAUCUGCAAUGGCGACAUACACUACAUCAAAAGGAGCACCCCGGGUCGUCAGGAGUAAGAUUGAACUCCCCUUGAAGCUAGUCGUGAAGCCCUGCCCUCCAGUCAAAACUGCAACGUACAAAAUCACCAUCGAUAGCAACAAGAACGCUGCCAAUUUGAAUGACGUCUUUCCAGAUCUGCUUGGUCCCAGUGCAGGAGGGCCAGGCCAAGCCCUUGGAUUUCAGAUCAUCGGCGGACCUAAGGUCACCAUUCUAGCUUCAAAGUCAUCCCAGCGCUAUCGUCUCCAGUCUGACGUCUUUGAAUCCAUGUGGUUGGUGAUUAGGUCAUUCCUAGACAGGAUCCAGUCCUUCCAGCGUCGCGGCGGGGCCAAGGACUUUCAGCUGUCGUACGGCGGGAUAGUUCCUCUGACGGAGUACUUUGAACUCAUCGAUACCCACUUAGAGCUGAGGAUAAACGCCGAGCGAUACAAAGAGCUGCUGGACCAGCGAGCUCGUCAGUUCCGGGCCAUCCAGCGUCGCUUACUGACCAGGUUUAAGGACAAGACCCCGUCACCUCUGGCAAACCUAGACACUCUGCUGGACGGCACCUACAGACAGAUCCUGAAGUUAGCGGACGGCGUGGAGGAGAACCACAAGGCCUUGGUGCGUUGCUCACUGGGCCUGAGCUGUGCCACCCACAUGAUAGUCACCAUCAUCAAAUUAGCCAAUAACAUGACCGAUAAAGAGUCGGAGAUUCUCCAUUCAAGUCUUAUGCCACACGUGCCUUGUGAUGGCGAACAGGGUUGGGAGGAGGCAGUGGAUGCCAGCAUCAGCAACCUCCUGCGGACCUGCCUGGCUAAGAAGGCCCUGGACCAAGCCGUUAACCCGACCCCCUUGAUUAUGCCGUCUGAUUCAACCAGACUCAAGAAGCACAUCUCACAGCUGUGUGAGCGGCUCAGUAAGGGAGCCAGACUCUACAUGGACGGACAGGCACCAGAAAAAAGGAGUGGGAAGAGUGAAGGAGUUGUUCGUCCAUCAUCAUCAACCUCAAGAGAUUUCAGUGUUGAAUCAACUACACCAGACAAGUCCAAAAGACUGGAUUUCCGCAAGAGCAGCCAGCUCUCAGGCCUGGGUGACGCGGAACCCAACCCCAGCCCCGCCCCUCUCAGUAACUCCCAGCCACCCGUCAGCUUUCCUCCCGGGAUAGAAGACCUCCCCAGCCCGGGGGCCGAGACAAAUGGCACCCUGAGCAAGGAGGAGGUGCCAUCAUCGCCAGCCGGUGGGACGAUGCUGGGUGAUCUGCCCUCUCUGGGUGGUCCAGGGGUGAGGGGGACAUCGUUACCUCCACUGGGUGCACCUGACGGACUAGAAUCCCCAGCAGCGUUGCCGCAGCUGAAACCAAUCAAGAAAAAGAAGAAAAAGAAGACCAAGAGCCCAAGGAACCCGGAACCGGAACUGGAACCAGACGAUAACUUCUUUGGAGGAACCGGUUCCCCGGAGCCCUUGUCAGUGAUGUGAGCAUAUCAGUAGUACAACUGGUUCCUUUGACGUAUCACAGAAACUUCAGGUUCAGAAUAAAAUUUGUACACAUCUUUGCACAGUUCAUGUACUUUGAUCUUAAAUCUUGAUGUAUUUUGAUCUAAAAUGCACAGUUAAGUGAGUAGCAUAGUUUUUUG